GGAUGGCAUCACUGACUCAGUGCACAUGAGUUUGAGCAAGCUCUGGGAGUUGGUGAUGGACAGGGAAGCCUGGAGUGCUGCAGUCAUGGGGUCGCAAAGAGUCGGACACGACUGAGCGACUGAGGCAGCUUAAUACACAUUCCGUGCAUGAACUGAUUUACCUGCUAUACAUGAUGAGAACAGAGGUGCCACCAAGCUGCCUAUCCAGGGGAGCAGAAGACAGGCGGGGCUGGGUGAGCCUUCUUACCAUGGUGUGUCCUGGACAGCUGCUCGUUUUGAUAGACUGAGGAUGUAGAUCUGACUCCAACAGGACUUUCAGCAACCCUGCCAGCAGGAUUGUCAAUAAAUGAGAAUUUACCAGUAGCCUAUGGCAAAAUCUGUUGAAAGUUUUGUUUUGGAGGAUGGAAGAUAAAAGAAAUUUGAUUCUUCCCUUGUUAUUCCUUGUGUGCCAUCCCCACCCCCCCCACCAUCUUAAAUCCAGAUAACCUCUCUUCCUCCGUCUUUCCCACCAGACUCGUUUCAUUUCACAGAGACCUGCAACCCCUCCCCCUGCCCUUUGGCCUUUUUCUCGCUUGUCUUCCUAACCCACGCAGCUUGGGUCUUUAGCCACCUUCUUGCCUGAGUUCUUGAUUAUCCUUUCACUGCAGCUGCCAAGUGAAAUCUUAAUCUUGGGUCAGUUUGUCUGUUAAUGUUCAAGCACCAAUAUCCAGGAUGCUAAAAGAAUCUUACACUGUGUUAAGAUUGUGUCCAUAAGCUGGGUUUUCCAGUCUCAGUGGGACCGUCAGUGCUGCCCAGUGUUCAUUUUCCCAGUCAGCUCCCUCCCAUUCUCCACAAGCCUUUCUUCUCAGAUCUUUGACUUCAUACCCCUUCUCUCAUCAGUUGACCUUCCUUACAGCCUAGCAGGAGAUGCAAGCAGGAAAAAUAACAGACACUACAUUAGAGGAAGUAUUAGAGCUGUGGGAGCACUCAGGAGGGAGGGACAUUUGAUUUGGACCUGAGCAGUCAAAGGCUUCCUUAAAAUAGUACAUCAGCUAAGCCCUGAAGAGAGUCACAGUCUGCCAGAACAGAGGGAACAACGAAGGAAAAGCAGUUGUUUGGCUGGAGCAUUGCAUGUAUGUUACAACAGAAAAUUGGAGAGGUGAUGAAGGUCCUGCGGCACAAGUAUCUCAUCAACUUCUAUCAGGCCAUCGAGACCACAUCCCGGGUCUACAUCAUUCUGGAGCUGGCUCAGGGUGGUGACGUUCUUGAGUGGAUCCAGCGCUACGGGGCCUGCUCUGAGCCCCUUGCUGGAAAGUGGUUCUCCCAGCUGACCCUGGGCAUCGCCUACCUGCACAGCAAGGGCAUCGUGCACCGCCUUUCUGCUGCUGGUAGGGACUUAAAGUUGGAGAACCUGCUGCUGGACAAGCGGGAGAACGUGAAGAUAUCGGACUUUGGCUUCGCCAAGAUGGUGCCUUCCAACCAGUCUGUGCGGAAUAGCCCUUCCUACCGCCAAAUGAACUGCUUCAGCCACCUCAGCCAGACCUACUGUGGCAGCUUUGCUUAUGCCUGCCCAGAGAUCUUGCUAGGCUUGCCCUACAACCCCUUCCUGUCUGACACCUGGAGCAUGGGCGUCAUCCUCUACACUCUGGUGGUCGCCCGUCUACCCUUUGAUGACACCAAUCUCAAGAAGCUGCUGAAAGAGACUCAGAAGGAGGUCACUUUUCCACCUAACUAUGCCAUCUCCCAGGAGUGCAAGAACCUGAUCCUCCAGAUGCUACACCAAGCCCCCAAGCGUGCCACCAUCCUGGACAUCAUCAAGGAUCCCUGGGUGCUGAAGUUCCAGCCUGAGCAACCCACCCAUGAGAUCAGGCUACUCGAGGCCAUGUGCCAGCCCCCCAGCACCACUAAUCGUCACCAGUCCUUGGAAAUCAGUACCUGAAAGUGGCAGAGAGGGGAGGGGGGUUGAAAGAGGAGCAAAGCAGGAGGGUCUGGGGAUAAAAAUCUUUUAUACCAAAAAUAAAUAAAUCUAAUUCUGUUUUAGUUUCA